CUCACUCUCUUGGUUAUUCCUUUCUUUCUUUCUUUAUUACCCUGCAAACAAGCCUAGCCGGAAGAAACAAGAAAUUCAUGAGUAGGCAAGUAUAAAAGGAAUGAAGGACCUGUAUGAGAUUCCUUGAACCACAUUCCUUUACUAAACGUUCUCAUGCGUAUUUGCAAUAAGUGCAAAUGGAAAUAGUCAAGGCUCUUACAUUAAUGCUUUUUGCAGCUGCCUUAGUAUUUCUGCCGAAGAUAGAGGCCCAGCCAUUUCCACGCCCACUUUGUGUCUCCCAGUUUGCGCUAGUGAACUAUGCUUGUGCAAUGCUGCCAUACACCCCAUUGCCACCCCUGCCGCCAGCUUCUCCCUCCCCUGAUGAUGAAGAGGAUAGGCAUGGGCACGUUCACAGUCACAGUCAUAAUCAGAGUCACAGUCACAGUCAUGUCCAAGGGCCUGGACAUGGGCAUAAGCAAGGACUCGGACAUGGACGCAAUCAUAAUAAUGGCCAGGGUCAUGGACACGGUCAUGGUCAAGAACACAGGCAUGGACACAGGCAUAGGCAUAGACAUGCAACUCGACGUGAAUCACCUGCACAAGAGAACUGUUGCAGGUGGCUGAAUGAAUUAGAUGAUGAGUGUGUCUGUGACAUGCUGGUUCGCUUGCCGCCUUUCCUCUCAAGGCCGAUGCAUUUGUAUACUCUCUAUCUUGAUGAGACAUGCAAUGUAACUUAUGCAUGUGAAGGACGACUACUGAGUCCAUAAUGGAAUAUUGAUUGUUAUAUUUCUCUUGGUCUACUGUGUCUAAUCUAUAGUUACUAGAGUUGUAAGGUACACUAUAGCUUUUGUUUUGUUAAUUGGAGCGGUCAUCAGGUUUAUAAGGUUUUAUAUUUUUCUGUACUUUGUGAUAGUUUUGUGCAAGCUAAGGUCAUGGGCAUGAUGCUGCUUCUUUUACUAUUUCAAAAAUAAAUCACAAGGCAUUUUUCUUAGCAA